GUGAUCCUUUUAGUAAAUGUAACUAGAUGUUGUGGUUGAUGUCAUCUGUUUAAUGUUUUGUACAGUAUUCGUGGUUGUUAGUGCUAGAUUGGUCGGUAGCUGCCCUAAAAGGGCUCUGUAAAAGAAUUAAAGGCGAUACGUAAUUUUCCAGAUACGAAAGCUACCAGUGCGGGACAUGCGAGCACUGAUUUUCUUUCAUCAGAUGAAUCACCUAACACGGACUAACAAAAAUAUCAAGGACUAAUAUAUAUUUGAAAGUUAUUUUUCUACUAACAAUAUAAUAAACACGAUUUUGCCAGUGUUGAUAGGGAUAUUUUGAGAAGGGGGUUAAUGGUUUUUUAUGUUUUUGUUUUGGUUUUAUCAGGACAAGCUAAGUGGAGUAUGAAUGGUUACACUGGGGACAAAAUUAAUUGCCAUGGUGAUAAGAUUAAUGGGCAUGGAGGGGAUAAAAUACAUGGACCUGGUGAAAAAGACAAUGGUUAUGAUGGCAAAAUGAAUGGCCACCAUAAGAAGAAUGCACACGGCCCAGUCUCUAAUAGAAUCAUGGUGAAUGGCGAAGCUCAUGAUGCAGAGCUUAAAAAAUUCAAAAACCAUGGCGUAGAUUUGCAGACACCAAAGAUUCCCAAGAAGGUUGCACUUAAGACCUAAUCUAAUGCUAUACAUAAUUGUGUUUUAGAAUUUAAAUUUCACUUUAUAAUAUUUCGAUAAACACCAAAUGGUAAUACUAUUUUAGCUAAGGUUAACUGAAAGUGUAAAAUCCUAUCUGCUCAUUAACUAUUUUAUUACUGGCAUGACAAAUACAAACAAAUCUAUUUUUAUAGUAUUUCUUUAAUAUAUAAAGCAACAAUAUAACUAAACAUCUGCACCAUGAAACUGUAUAUAUAAUAUAUUUAAAUAAACAACUACUAGAUUGUAUUGUUUGUGCCUUUACCACAGUAUUGUAUAUUCGAAAAAAAUUCACAUUUGACAUAGUACUUAAUAUUAGAUGCAUUAUUAAAUUAAUUAUUACUGCAUCAAAUAUAGCUAUACAUAAUUAUCCUGAUUAGUACCAACUUUUUCGUAUAUUCAAAUUAUUAGAAAUAUCUUAAAUGAAGUUUUGUUUUUAAAAUAUAUUUAUUGUUACUUAAAUAAAGACAAAGAUGAAGAGAAUAGAUGUGAAAAUUUGAAUAUCUUGAUAUUGUAGCGUCAUUGUCAGUAGUUCCUUGACAUUUAACUUUGUAAGAUGUAGUGGAUUAAAUAUAUUUAUUGUAGAACAUGUCAUCUUAAGUGUGUAAUAAACAUGACGCAUGAAAUUAUACAAUGUCUGAAAAAGAAAUCAAUUGACAUGAUGUGUAUGAACUACUUAUUUAAUUUUACGCUACAUAGAUUUUAACGUUUUUAAAUUAUGUAUUUUUUGGUAGUUAUAAAUUCGCAACAAUAGUGACACGAAGUAUUUCACUACAGUAUUGAUGUGUACUACUUCAAUGACAUUUCUUCAUGCAUAGACCGCGUUGGGAAAAGCAAUCAUAAACAUUGUAAUGGCUGUGCUGUAAUAUAAUGUAAUUAUAACAUCAAAUGUUUUAAUUAUACAAACUGUCAGAAACAUUUUUCAUUGGUGAUAUAUAUCUUUAUAUUACAUUGCAUGUAAAUAAUGAUAUACAAUACAAUGUUUUUAUGUAUUGAAUAUUUUAUUGUGAUUACAAAUCAAUUUUAAAAUUACACAGAAUUUUAAACAUCGUCUAAAUUAUAUUACAAAAAAUAUAUAUACAAUGCUGAAUAACCAAGACCUUUGUAAGUUUCUUCAACGAUGUUGUGAUAUAAAGGUCUCAAAAAUGAGUGUAAUGAAUUCCUUGGCAUCGUUUCCUAAUAAAGAAAACGUUUAAUUAC